AUCAGCGUGAAAACAAUGCCGGCCUUCAGGGCUAGACAAGGUUAUCAGCAUUGCCAUUGAAUUUUAAUGAGAGCUACCCUUGAAGUGCACCACCUUAGGUGGGGCACAUCCCUACUAAGCCGCCACGUAUAUAAAAAACGUUUGCUCCUCAUCCAUCAUAAUCCAAUUAGUCCCAACCAAUAAUUAACACAAUAAGGAGGAUCAAAGUGUAGUUCGAAAAUUUCGGAAAAUCAGUCGCAGUUCAAAAUGCAAAUCGAGUGCUCGCUGAUAAUUAUGUUAAUGUGUGGAAUAAAUGCAUUCAAUAAUUUUGCUGAUGUCAAAUGUGGCCGCAAGUCGGUACGAAGGGACGGGAAAAUUGUAGGCGGCACGAAUGCCGAUAAAGGCGAGUUCCCUUGGCUGGUGUCCAUAACAAGAAGAGGCGGCCACUUCUGCGGAGGAACUCUCAUCAGCAACAGAUUUAUCCUCACAGCCGGCCAUUGUCUCUGCACUGGAAUUGGGACAGACACAGUCAAACCCACCCAUAUCAAAGUGACCAUAGCCCAGCACGACUUGACCAACAAAUCCAGCGACGCCUACGAAAUGACCCUAAAAGCCAUCUCCAUCCAUCCAGACUACACUUGCGGAAAAGUCAAAGACGAUAUAGCCAUUCUAGAGCUGGACAACAAGCUCGUUUGGUCCGAUUCUGUCUCCCCGGCUUGCUUGGCAGCUUCCUCGGACGAAGACGAUUACAGACCCAUUGAUGGCCUGCCUGCUGUGGUGGCAGGCUGGGGGUGGACCAACGAGGAUAGCUCUAAGGGUGGAAGAGCUAAAAUCCUCCAGAAGGCCAAAGUCAAUGUUAUCAGGACGGAAAAGUGCAGACAGUGGUUUCAGUCACAAGGGAAGAAGACGAAAAUUCAAAACACGCAGAUUUGUGCGGGGCAUGAACAAGGGGGAAUUGACGCUUGCUGGGCUGAUAGCGGGGGCCCUUUGAUGAUUGAAACGGGAGCUGUGGACCAGAUGAUGGUUGUUGGAGUGGUUUCAACGGGAAUUGGGUGCGCGAGACCAUUUCUGCCAGGGUUGUAUACGAGAAUUUCGGAGUAUAUUCCAUGGGUUAGAGAGAUUGUUAACAAAUAAGUCUUAAGAAAAGUGCCGAAACACUUGCCAUAUUAAAUUGCCAAAAAUUAUUUAUUUCUACGUUAGGUUGUUACGUUACCAUGUGUUAUUUAUUUAUUUAUUUAUUUUAUUAAAUGUGUCAUUUUUG